CAUCCCAAAACAGAAAAGCUUUCAGCCAUUGCGCGCGCCUCCCGGGGGUGCAGCCCGGCUCCUGGGUUUUUUUUUUUUUUUCUUAGACGCACGAGCAAUUGGAUACAAAAAGGGCAGGCCUGCUGCUCCCUCCUUCCACCCCCCUUCCUGCCCAGGGUGUGGAGCGCCGGCCAGGUGUGGGCUUGGGUGGCAGGUUACCGCCUUUUGCCCUGGCGGCCUCGAGGAGGGGGGUGGGCGCUUGCUUUUUCUCCUGGAAGAGGGUAUUUUAGCACAGGUUUUCUCGUUCUCACUUCCAACCCCCACCUCGCCGCCUCCCGGCCCCCCUCCUCCCCCUCCCCACCUAUCGUCAUGACGGCGUCUCCGGAUUACUUGGUGGUGCUUUUUGGGAUCACUGCUGGGGCCACCGGAGCCAAGCUGGGUUCGGACGAGAAGGAGCUGAUCCUGCUGUUAUGGAAAGUCGUGGAUUUGGCCAACAAGAAGGUGGGACAGUUGCACGAAGUACUAGUUAGACCGGAUCAGUUGGAACUGACAGAGGAUUGUAAAGAAGAAACUAAAAUAGACGCUGAAAACCUGUCUUCCGCGCCGCAGCUGGACCAAGCCCUCCGACAGUUUAACCAGUCAGUGAGCAAUGAACUGAACAUUGGUGUCGGGACUUCCUUCUGUCUGUGUACUGACGGGCAGCUUCACAUCAGGCAGAUCUUGCAUCCCGAGGCUUCCAAGAAGAAUGUGUUACUGCCUGAAUGCUUCUAUUCCUUUUUCGACCUUCGGAAAGAAUUCAAGAAGUGUUGCCCUGGCUCUCCUGAUAUCGACAAGCUGGAUGUCGCAGCAAUGACAGAGAGCCUGAACUUUGAGAAGAAUGACUCUGUGUCCCGAUAUGGAGCCUCCCAAGUUGAAGACAUGGGGAACAUAAUUUUAGCAAUGAUCUCGGAGCCCUACAAUCACAGAUUUUCUGAUCCAGAGAGAGUAAACUACAAGUUUGAAAGUGGCACUUGCAGCAAGAUGGAACUUAUUGAUGACAACACAGUGGUGAGGGCUCGGGGUUUGCCCUGGCAAUCUUCAGAUCAAGAUAUCGCAAGGUUCUUCAAAGGACUCAAUAUUGCCAAGGGCGGCGCAGCACUUUGCCUGAAUGCUCAGGGCCGGAGGAACGGAGAAGCUCUGGUGAGAUUUGUAAGUGAGGAGCACAGAGAUCUAGCCCUGCAGAGGCACAAACAUCACAUGGGGACCCGGUACAUUGAGGUUUACAAAGCAACAGGCGAAGAUUUUCUUAAAAUUGCCGGAGGGACAUCCAAUGAGGUAGCCCAGUUUCUCUCCAAGGAAAACCAAGUCAUCGUGCGCAUGAGGGGGCUCCCUUUCACAGCCACGGCUGAAGAAGUGGUGGCCUUCUUUGGACAGCACUGCCCCAUCACUGGAGGGAAGGAAGGCAUCCUCUUCGUCACCUACCCGGAUGGUAGGCCCACAGGAGAUGCUUUCGUGCUCUUUGCUUGUGAGGAGCAUGCCCAGAACGCCCUGAGGAAGCACAAGGAGUUGCUGGGUAAAAGGUACAUCGAGCUCUUCAGGAGCACGGCCGCCGAAGUUCAGCAGGUGCUGAAUCGAUUCUCCUCAGCCCCUCUGAUUCCACUUCCAACCCCUCCCAUUAUCCCUGUACUACCUCAGCAAUUUGUGCCUCCCGCGAAUGUAAGAGACUGUAUACGUCUGCGAGGUCUUCCCUAUGCUGCCACAAUAGAAGACAUUCUGGACUUCCUGGGGGAGUUUUCCACAGAUAUUCGUACACAUGGGGUUCACAUGGUAUUGAAUCACCAGGGACGCCCAUCAGGAGAUGCCUUUAUCCAGAUGAAGUCAACAGACAGAGCAUUCAUGGCUGCACAGAAGUACCAUAAAAAAACCAUGAAGGACAGAUAUGUUGAAGUCUUUCAGUGUUCAGCUGAGGAGAUGAACUUUGUGUUAAUGGGGGGCACUUUAAAUCGAAAUGGCUUAUCCCCACCGCCAUGCCUGUCUCCUCCCUCCUACACAUUCCCAGCUCCCACGGCUGUGAUUCCUACCGAAGCUGCCAUUUAUCAGCCUUCUCUGCUCUUGAACCCACGGGCACUGCAGCCCUCCACUGCAUACUACCCGGCAGGCACUCAGCUCUUCAUGAACUACACAGCCUACUAUCCCAGUGUUUGAAAGACGUAUGGUGAUCCUGAAACUAUCAGAGAAGAGAACUUCUAGCAAUUUCAGGGGAUGAUUGUCUACAGUGAGGCUGCGGUAUCCUCGGCCAACACGAUUGGACAGUAGGCCUGGGCCUUACCUUUUGCUGGAGUGAGAAGUGAAGCCAGCGAAGCCAAAUCUUACAGCGAGCAACACUCACGGACCUGGCUCCCGGCUGAGCGCGAACAGGAAUUGAAAUGUGAAUUUGAAGUCAAAGGUCUCACUUCCAGCUAACAUGACAUCAUUUAUUUCCUAAGUUGAAGUCUUGGAGUAAAAUGCAUUCCACUAGCAUCUGCCAUCCACCAUUGGUUGCUGUGGAAGCUUCACUGUGUAUUCCCAGUCUUCUCUCUCCUUGCUCUCUGUCAAAUAAACCCCUCUUGCUAAGUGUACGUUUAAGUGUACGUUCUUAGAACACGUAAAUCCCAAACUAAGAAAAGGAAUAAAUUAAAACUAAUAUUUUCCUAAAUAUUAGUUUUCUUCAAUAGGCCAUCAUGGUGCCUUAUAGUUAAAAACAAAUAUUUUUAAGACCCCCCCCUCAGGCAGGCUGGGCCUGUAGCUCAGUGGUAAAGGGCGUGCCUAGCAUAUCUGAGCCCUGGGUUGUAGACCUGGCCUCCUUGUGUCCUCUCCACACAUGGCACCUGAGGGUUCCCCUUCCACACACACCUUGUUAAAGGGUUUGAGGGUUUUUUCUCUGCAGGUACCAGCUGUAAAUAAGAAUGAAGCAGGGGCCAAAAUUUGAAACCAAAAACGAAGCAGCUACAUGUAGUUAGUUCCUAGUGUGAGCUGUAACUGAAUGUCGGCUUCAUAUGUAUUAUUUUAUAUUGUACUUUUUUUUCAUUGUUAAUGGUUUGGACUUUAAUAAGAGAAAUUGCAUAGUUUUUAAUGUCAUAAAAAUAAGACUAUUUGACCAGUGUAUUCCAGAAAGCAGUAUACUAACCAAAGUCAAUGCUUGUAUAUAGCGAUAGCCCUUUUCUCUCUAAUGCCUACCUGUAGAGGAAUUAAAACCUUUGAAAGCACAGGCAUGCUGGCCCGAGGUAAACACUGGUAAGUUAGAGCGGCCGCAGCGCUCAGUGUUUAGCACAGCUUGUGUAGCUGAGCUUUGCACCGGAGUGCGGUAUUUGGCUCUAGCUCCUACAGCUGCCUGAUGGAACUCAGCAGGGAAAGUGAUUUGAUUCAACGCACAUGUUUCUUUGUUACUUCGUCCUUUGCUUGGAUGCAAUGAUGCAAUGCCUAGGUCGUGGCUAUUUUUAGUUUGCCUCAUCACCUUGACUGCAGAGUCAAGCAAGCGUUGUGACCAACAGUACCCCUUCGACUGCAGGGGGAAGAUGAUGAUGAUGAUUUGAUGUGCAAGUUGGUGAAAUCUGGCACUUGAGAUAACCAAGAGAAAAGUUCCUCCUUGAUGCCUUAAGCCCGCUCCUUCCCGAAGCUCUGAAGGACUAAGAUGGCAGAGAUGCUCAGUCUGGUACUACGGCGUUUUUUUGUAGAGUUGUUACAUUGAUAAUAAAACUUGCCUGCUUAAUCUCAA